GAUCUUUCACAAUAAACAUCAUCGAUCCUGUCAGCUUUGAAGGUCACCUUGAAAGAGCGCGAAAGCUCAAACGGGGGCAACGAAUCACAUGAACAUCAUAAAAUAAUUUGGGUGCAUGCUUGUCCGCACGUUCCACCGGUCACGCUUAUAGUAUAAAAGUAAAUAGAGUAGAGUGGAAAAAGAAUUUCAUAACGUUGCGUGGUACUUGUACGGGAUAAUUCUUUAACGUCACAGUUCACAGUCAUACUUCAUACGCGAAACUUACUCCAUCCGUGUGUUACGCGUGUUUUAUUUCAGUCGAUUUAGUUAAUUUUGUUAAGUAAACUAUAGUUUUAAUUACAAAAAAUGGAUGUGCCGGCAAAGGGGAAUAUUUUAGGACGAAUGGUACCGGCGCGGUAUGUCCUAGCGAUCCUCGGUUCUAUCGGCAUGGCGAUAGUCUACGGGCUGAAGGUUAACUUGUCAGUCGCCAUGGUGGGCAUGCUGAAUCACACCGCGAUAGAGGCAUCAGUACACGAUGUGCAGGACGAUGAUAACUUUACCGCGCCAGCAGAAGAUAUGCAGUGUGACGCUACGGGUAAUUCGACUAGUGCGAAGGAGGCAGACGGACCUUUUCUGUGGUCAUCUGAAAUCCAGGGUAUCGUUCUCAGCUGCUAUUUCUGGGGAUACUUCGUUUCACAAAUUCCUGGUGGUCGCAUAGCGGAAUUGUUCUCUGCGAAAUGGGUGAUGUUCUUCAGUGUGACCAUCAAUGUUGUAUGCACGCUGCUCACACCUGUCAUGGCCGAAGCGCACUACGUCGCAGUGGUCAUCAUGAGAGUGGGCGAGGGGAUCGGUGGGGGCGUGACAUUCCCCGCGAUGCACGUGCUGCUGUCCAAGUGGGCGCCGCCCGCCGAGCGCAGUGUGAUGGCCGCGUUGGUGUAUGCCGGCACAUCGCUCGGCACCGUCAUCUCUAUGCUGAUGGCUGGAGUUCUGACUGCGACACUUGGCUGGGAGAGCGUGUUCUAUGUGAUGGGCGGGCUGUCCUGUGCGUGGUGCGUGUUGUGGGUGUGGCUGGUGCAGGACUCGCCGCAGUCGCAGCCGCUCAUCAGUGUGGAGGAGAGGGAGAUGAUCGUCACCUCACUGGGCGGGAAGGCCAAUGAUCACGAGCAUAAAAAGCUAGCCGUGCCGUGGAAGGCAGUGUUCACGUCAGGACCUUUCCUGGCUAUCUUGGUGGCGCACGCUUGUUCGAACUGGGGCUGGUACAUGCUGCUCAUCGAAUUGCCCUUUUACAUGAAGCAAGUACUCAAGUUCAACAUGACUGAGAAUGCGGUAACAACAGCUCUGCCUUUCCUUUCGCUCUGGUUCUUCAGUAUCGGACUAAGUCGAGGUCUGGACUGGCUACGCAGUAGGGGAGUCAUCACUACCACCACCGCUAGGAAGAUAGGCACAUUGUUCGCGUCGCUGGUGCCGGCGGCGUGCCUGCUGGGCCUGGCCUUCGUGCGCUGCGAGCGCGCGGCGGCCGUGGCGCUGACGGCGCUCGGCGUCACGGCCAUCGGCGGCAUGUUCUGCGGGUUCCUCUCCAACCACAUCGACAUCGCGCCGAACUUCGCCGGCACACUAAUGGCUAUAACCAACACUGUUGCGACGAUCCCUGGAAUCGUCGUACCAAUUUUCGUGGGAAUCUUAACUCAUGGCAAUCAAACCAUUUCGGCUUGGCGUAUCAUCUUCUUCGUUACGAUAGCUUUGUAUGUAGUGGAAAUUGUUGUCUACACAAUUUUCGGUUCAGGUGAAGAACAGUCAUGGAAUAAAGUACCGGAAGUUGAUGAAAAAUCGGAGGGCAAACCGUUGAAAAACGAAGAAAGUGUUUGAGAUGA